CUUACAUAUAAAUUACUCUAUAUAAAUGGAAAAUAAUAAAGUUUAACGAUGGGGGUACUCUUGGUUACGGGAUUUUUAAGCAUGAUGAUGUAUGGUUAAUGGAAUAUAUAUUUUUUUUAAGUUUAUUUUAACUUUCCAAAUUUAAGAAUGAAACAAUACUCUUGCUCUGCCUUUUAUAUUGGUGCAGAUAAUGAACACCAAUAAGUAACAAUUAUCUCAAAUAAUGGUGCAUUGUUGAUAAAAGUAUGCUUUUUUAAUUGAAAAAUUUAUAGACAGUUCUAAACGAUUAAUAGAUGGUGUACUUGCCAGCAGGUUCAAUGGAUACAAUACUCUAUUUUGGUAGAGAAGUCAGUGAAGGUAUAUUGUUAUAUUUAUUGAAGAUUAAGAAAUGUAUACACUAGACUUAGAGAAUCCUGAGACACAAAUAAAAGUGUCAUUCCUUGUGAGUUAAAAGGAUAGUGAAGAGCUAUAAAAUCAACUAAGAGGGAAAUAAGUUUUCUUUCGUUUUAAAAAUCCACGAAUUCUUAGUUAGUUAGCUCCUGGAAUUUGUAAAAAAAGAUACUUAUGAUUAGAACUGAUUCAAACAUAAAAUAAUGUGAUGGUUGAAAAAAUGGCUGUAUUUCCAAAGAAUAUGAUAGAUUAAGCUUCGAUAAGCAGACUUGUAAGAUAUUUAGAUUAAUUAUAAGUGUUAAUUGAAACAAGAAGCUGAUAUUCUGUCUCUAUUAAAGGAGCAAGAACAUUAAAAUAUAAUUAAAUUGGAAGAAAUCGUAACAGAUGGUGAAAGUGUGUCUAUAAUAUUGGAAAAUUGUUAAGGAGGAGAUCUUUUGAAGUUGCUAAAUAAGAAAACCAUUAAAAUGGAUGUUCCUCUUGUUAUGAUAAACUUACUUACAGGUAUUUGAUUUCAUAAAUUAUUCAAUAGGUUUGAAACAUCUACAUGAAUAAAAUAUAGUACAUCGAGAUAUCAAACUUUAAAACAUACUAUUCCUUGAUGCUUAGAAUGCCAAUACUUUAAAAAUUGCCGAUUUCGGUCUUUCGUGUUUUAAAUAACAAAUUCCAUACUAUAAUCCAAGGUAUAUAUUAUUAAAUAAUUUAAUAGAUGUGGUACUCCUGGAUAUACUGCUCCAGAAGUUUACUCUUAGUAAUGUAUAUAUGAUGAGAAGGUUGAUAUUUAUAGUGCUGGAAUAAUCCUAUAUAACAUGUAAAUUUCUGAUUAAUAUCUGUUUAGGUUAACACUUAAAAACCCUUUCGGUAAUUCUAAGAAUAUCCAAGACAUUAUAAAAAGAAAUAUAAGUGGUUAAUAUGAUGAAACUCAUUUGGUUAAUGUAAAAAUUAAUAACCCUCUUGGUUAUGAUCUACUUUUAAAGAUGCUUUAGAAAGAUGCUCGUAAUCGUCCUAGUGCAAAAGAAUGCUUAUUACAUCCUUUCUUUGAUUAAGAAAUUUACGAAAUAUAGGAAGAUUAAAAUUCGAUUAAACAUGAAACUCAGAAGAGAAUUUAAACUACAAAACGUGUAAAGAUUUGAAUAU